GUGUUGGACUGUGGCGCGUGCACUGUGGACGCCGUGUGCUUCCCUGCGAGGACGAGCAGCAUCAGCGGCUGUGAGUGCGUGUGUGCUGCUGGCGGCUACGGUGACACGUGUCUGCCAGCUGCUGUUCCGGACGGCCUUGGACCGUUACCGCUCCCCGAUGCGAGGGACACGGAGGUCCGCUGCGUGCACGGUGGCAGCAUCAGCUCCGUGGACUAUCCUGAUCCCGGUGUGCGUGGUCUGUGCUUCGUCAACGUGACCUUUACCGCCGCGAUUGUGCUGGACCUGUCGUAUUUUGACGCGCCACAGCAGACACUCAACAUCACGCUGUUACAUUGCGUCCUCGUGGGCCUAUCGAUCAAGGGGAGUGGUGCGCGCGUGCACGUGAGCGUGGUCUCCUCGAUGAUGGAUUCCGGAGUGUUGGUGUUUCAGGGUGAUUUUGGCGUGAGCUCCCAAAUACUGGUGGUUGGCAGUACGAUUGUGACGAUGUCGGGCCAUGCCAUUUUAUUUGUGAAGUUUACUCUCAGUGCGAAUAUGACGCUGCUGCUGCUCGACAACUACAUCGAGGGGAGCUGGUACGCAAUUUAUUUCUCCGCUGCUGUUGUUGUUGAUGGUGGCGGGAUUAUUUUGAAAGGAAAUACGCUGAGCGCAACGAAGGAUGAUGACGGUGUGGAAUCAUCUGUUUACGUUUACGCUGUUGAUGUGAGGAACGGCGGCUUCAUUGACGUGGAGAACAACACGAUGAGCGCGGUCAAUGGCGUUAUUCUUUUUGGGGAUAACACCGUGAGCUCCGCGGGGCUGCUGCGAGUGGCGGACUGCACCUUCGUUGGCGGGACGGAAACUUUUGAUCCCGCGCUGUUGCAUUUGUCUGGCUCGGUGACCCUCGAGGGAGGUGCGCAGUGGCGUGUGGAGGGCAACAGCGUGGGUGCAGCCUCAGUAUUAUCUAUUCUGUAUCCCCAGUACAAAAUUCAGCUGUCGGGCAGCGGCACCACCGUGGUGCUUUCACACAACCGUCAGGUGGGCGGAAACACUGUCUUUGCCAUGCUUCUUCCAUGGAGCACUAUCUUGACGUCACCCGCGCGGUUUGUGGUUGGAUGCAACCUGCAGGACGAUGAGGAGGUGUCGUACGACGGCGUGUUUCCGGAGGACGUGGUGCUUUUCAGGUGUGGCACGUGCAACGACGACGCGGCGUGCUACAUGCCCGGGACGGAGUCGGUGGACCGCGGCUCGUGCUCGUGCAGCUGCAAGGACGGAUGGCAUGGCGCGUCGUGUCUUCCCCUCGAGGUGCCCGACACGGUUGUGCCGCCCGUAGCGGAGAGAGCCGUGGACGGCGACACGAGCUGCGUGGUGAACCAGACGCUGACGGACCUCACGAUUAACAUGUGGAAGACGCACCACUGCUACGUGGGUGUGACAUUCAGCGGCGUGGGUGCCGUGUUGACGUUCUUCUUCAACAGUAUGCCGCUGCAUCUUCCCAUCAACAUCACGCUCACCGGGUGCACAUUCCUUGACGGAGCCGCGCUGCAGUUUGUUGGGGGUGCUGGGGCGACCGAGUCAUCCGGCAUCCUGAUCCGCGUGAGCCAGACGGUAUUGCGGUCCUCCGCCGUUGCUUUUUUACGUGCUCUUCCGCUGCACUGCGACAUCGCCGUCACGGAGGUUGAUGCGGUGCAAUCCUUCGAGUUUGAAUUAUCGGGUACUGUGAACAACAUGUGGAGCGUGUUUUUGCUGGGAAACGUUGUGUUGAGAGCGUCGACGCUGUUGGUCAGCAACGUCAAGGCGUAUGCAACUAGGCGUGAUGCACUUGGCUUUUCCUCGAUCGGGACGCUGACGCUGGUGGGUGGCAGCUCGCUGUACUUGCGGUACUGCAGCUUUGAGGGCUACAAAUACCUGUUCUACGUGCACAGUCUCAGUGUGAGUGACAACUCCGUUUUUGCGCUGCUCAACAAUACGAUGUUAUUCGGAGUAAGCCUGCUGUAUCAGCACCAAGGAUUCAGCGUGUCGGAUCACAGCGUGUUGCGCGUGGUGGGGAACAGCGGCUCAGCUCGCUACGCCAUCUGUAACGAUGAAUUGUGGAAUGUUCAGCGGUCAAGCUGGCUGGAUUGGCGCGACAACGACGUGGAAGUGGGUGCGAUGUUCUACGACACUGAGUCCGCAUUUGUGAGCAUUGACGACAGCAGUGCGGUAACGUUGACGGGCUGCAAGAUGGGCUCGACGGGGUUGUCGGUAUCCUUGCUGAAGCGGGCUGACGCCGGCUACCGGUUCGUUGCUGGGUGUCUGACGGUCGCGGGACGGAAGGUGACGACGGCGGCAGAACUGGCGCUCCACGGCAUCACCAACGUGACGACGGUUGCGGUGUGCGGUGAGUGCACGAAGGACGGCGACUGCUUCGCUCCGCUGACGACGGAGGUCGUUGACUGCAAGUGCCAGUGCGCUGCUGGAGGGCACGGCGAUGUGUGUGCCCCUGCGCCUGUGCCUGCUGGCCCGCCACCGCCGUCGCCGCCACUGCCGCCCACACCGCCGCCACCGCUGGUUGGUGAGUGCAUCAGCGACAUGGUGUACCCCGAGGUUGCGCAGUCUGUGGGCGACGGGCUGUCGUGGCUGUGCUACCGCAACGUGACGUUCAGCGGGGGCGGCAUGAGCCUGACGGUGCUGGUUGGGGCGAUGACGGGCGACGUGGUGAAAAUAACGUUCGAUGGAUGCACGUGGAGGGACGGCGCCGUGCUGUUGCUGUUGGGCAACGCGCACGCCACUGUGGGGUCGCUGCACAUCGUCGUCACUGGCAGCACCUUUAGUGACGCGCUGCUCAGUCCGGAGGGUGGGUUUCCACCGCACACGAACAUUACGAUCAGCGGGAACCGCUUUACUGUCACGAGGCUGAUUCCUCGGUCGGGAUUGGACAUAUGGAUCCCGUCGUGCGUUGCGAUGAAUGGAAUGGUGAUCGCCAAUGACUCCGCGGUGGUGCUCAGUGGCAAUGUGUUUCAGACCGUGACGGCAUCGUCAAUCGCAAUUUACGUUGUCAGAUCUGCGCUGAGGGUGUCUUGGCACUCCGUGUUUGCGGUGGUGGGCAACACGCUUCAUAUGGACGGCGGUGGCAGUACGCUGAUAAAUAUUGAGGGUUUUAGCCAGUCCUUGUCGCUGAGUGUACUGAACAACUCUGCCGUGGUGGUCCGGGGCAAUCUUGUGACGAGACCCGUGAGGUACUUUUUAUUACUAAUUUUGGCAUUACGUGUGGAGUCUCGGUCAGCGGUUGUGUUUCAGGGCAACGAGAUGCAGAGAAGCUCGGUUGUUUUUUUUUCAAGCCACUCUUCAUACAUCUACUACAACUCCUGGCUGCAGUUGAGCGGCAACCUCUGCCGUGAAUCCCCAUCGGAAGCGUUUGCUUCCCUUUAUCCCAAAGUGAAUCUCCGCGACUCCACGGUGUUUGUUUCCGGCAACCGAUUCAUGUCCAGCACGGGCACGCCGACAGUUGUGCGGAUAUCCACAGGGUCCCGCGAUAUCACAAACGGAGCGAUUGUGGCUGCGUGCAACAGUGUGAACGGCGAGGAGAGAGUGAAAUACAGCAUCCCGUCCGUGUACAAUGCCAAUAUCCUGAGCUGCAGCGACCCAUGCAUCCUUGCGGCGUCGUGCUUCCCCGCGUACACGACGACGGCCUCGAGUGAUGGCUGCGCCUGCAAUUGCGCUGAGGGCGGUCACGGCGAUGCGUGCCUGCCCGUUGCUGUCCCCGAGCCGCCGAGCACUGACGGCGCCGACUUGUGCGUGCGUGACGUGCGUGUGGAUGUGGAGGUGAACGCCGGUCUCGGGACGUCGGUAGCGUGCUACGUUGGUGUGACCUUUGCGGCGGAUGUCGUGGUGGACGUGGAGUCGAUGUCAGGGAGCGUGCGCAACGUGACGCUGGCGAACUGCACGUUUUUGGGCGGAGCGAGCCUGUACGUUGUUGGGUGGCGUUCCGACCCGCCUGCUGGACAGCGCGCCGAUGUGUUGAUCAGCGGGCUUGAGUCGCGCUCUGGCGGCGGCGUGGUGGUGGCGAACCUAUUUCCGCCGGGCUCGCGCGUCACUGUGGUGGACUCGGUGCUGAUCGCGGAGAAGCGUGUUGCGUAUCGCGACGCUUACGGCCUUGGCGACGCGUCCGCGUGCCUCGUGGUGCACAGCGUGAAUCUGACUGGGAGCGUGCUGACCAUUGCGCGCACGCAUGUGGCGGCGGUGUUCCGCGACGCUGUUGGCGUGUUGGUGGUUGGCAGCGUGGCGCUGUCGUCGCGCGGAGCGCUGUACGUGGACGGGCUGUCGGUGCAGACGGCGCUGGGGCUGUGCGUGUCUGUGGAGGGCGGUGUUGCGGCCAGCGGUGGCUCCGUGGUGGCGUUUGUUGACAGCGAUUUCCUGCUGUGCAAGCACGCGGUGUCUGUGCGCGGGGCUGUGAGCGUGUCGGGCUCCGCAGUGGCGCUUGUGCGGGGCGAAUUCUUGUCGACGGAGGACCACGCGGUGACGUUUUAUUCGACGGUGAGGCUGGAUGGUGGGUCGAUGCUGCUGGCGAAGGGCAACGUGCACGACGGCGUCUCGAGGGAGAUGCUCUACGCGGCUGACACCGUGACCGCUGCUGGGAGCACGCUGAGCUUUGUGCGCAACCGAGCGCUGCUGCCGCGGAUGCUGUCGGCGAGCCUGUCGCUCUCGGCUGGGGCGCAUUUGAGGGUGGCGUGCAACGACGCUGGUGGGCGUGUCCUGUCGACGGCGGAGGAGUACGCAGCGGCUGGUUUUGGCGACGCUGGGAGCAUCGACGUUGCUGGAUGCGACGCCUGCGACAGGGUCACGCACUGCUACGCGCCCGGGACGGCGUCUGCGAGCAUGAUGAACGGUGUUUGCGUGUGCGAUUGCGGCAGCGGCGGGUACGGCGAGGCGUGCGUGCCUGUGGGUGCUCCCGUGCUGCCGCCCGCUGUGGGCACCGCGUCGAGUGUGUUUGUCCGCGAGGGCGUGACGGUGCAGUCGGUGUUCGUUGUGCCUGCCGGCGCGAGCGAGGUGACGCUGCGCCAUGUUGUGCUGGACGGCGUGAGUCCGGUGCUCUACGUACCGUGGAUGGCGCGGGACGGCGUGCGGAUCGUUGUGCAGAAAGUAUCGCUGCUGAACGGCGCCGUGCUGUGCGUGAUGGGCGGUGGAGCGUUGCGCGGUGCGGGGGCGGCGGGGAGCGACGAGGGCGGGCCGGUGGAGCUGUCCGUGUGCGAUGUGGAGGCGCUGAACGGUGCGCUUGUGCUGACCGGCACGUUUCCUGCGGGGUCUGUGCUGACGGUGGCGGACUCCCUGCUGGUUGCCGCGAGGCCGACGCCGCUUGUGUAUCUUCCCGGCUCGCAGUCCUCGCCGUACGCACCGGUGCUGGUGCUGUCGGGCCUGCGGCUCGUGCGGUCCGUGCUGGUUGUGUCCGGCGUUGCCCUCGUGACCGUGGUGACUGGUGGGCGGACGGUGGUGGUGGACGGUGCCGGACUGGAGCUUGUCGGUGGCGGCGUUGCGCUGGACGCGGCUGUGCUCGGUGGCGAAUAUGCGUUGUACGCGAGUGCGCGCGUGGUUGCCUCGGGGGGCGCUGUGCUGCGCGUGUCGGGGAGCCAGGUGUACGCCGCGCAUGGGUUGGUGUUUGGCAGCGGGGUGGAGGCCAACGCGUCUGCCGUCGUAGUGAAUGACAACGCCGGUGUGCUGACCGAUGGCGCGCUGCUGGAGCUGCGGGGGUCGGCGUCGUUCGUGUCCGGGUCGUGGCUUUCGGUGCGCGGCAACAGCAUCAGUGGCAGGCUCCUGUCGCUGCCGUCGUACCCGCGCAGUGCGGACCUCGUGCAGAGCACGCUGACGCUCCACGGGAACGCCGGCAGUGGGCCCGUCGUGAUGGACGGCACCGUUGCGCUUGGGGGUGCCGGCCGAAAUUUCGUCGUAGGGUGCCUGACGCUCAACGGGCAGGCGCUGCAGCCGAUGGACUACAGGUCUGCCGGCAUCAUCGGGGAAUUUCGUCCCGUGGCGUGUGGCGUGUGCGAUGCCGACGUGCGCUGCUUUGCAGUUGCGACGAGGGCGAUGUCUGCGUCGUGCGGCUGCCGCUGUGCUGAGGGCGGGUACGGGCGCGACUGCCUGCCAGUGUACCUGCCGCACGUGGACGGGUGCAACCGCACGCCCGGCAUGCCGCUGCUGAGCCACACGGCGACGCUGACGGAGACGCGCAGCCCGACACCGACAUGGACGCUGGGCCUGAGCACGACGCACUACAGUCCGACGCCGUACGGGCCGACGGAGGCGCUGCAGGUGACGGAGACGAUGGCGCUGCCGCCCACGCGGACCCCCACAGCGUCGGUGAGCGGCACGCUGUGGUGGAGCGACGUGGCGUGCCCGACGCUUGCCGUGACGACGACGGCGGCUGGUGGGAGCCUGACGCAGAACGACAUUCGCGGCGGUGGGAGCGUCGUCCCGACGCGGCUGAUGGUGGCGCUGCCGCCGCCGUUUCGAUGGGCAAGCGACCCGCAGCUCGGCACGCACCUGAGCUUCGUGCCGGUGUCGACGGCACAGCCGCGCGGGUUUGGCGGUCCGUGGGGAGCGAUGCUGAGCAACGCGACGUGGAUGCGCAACGCGACGAAUCCGUCCACCGUCCUGGAGCUGGCUGUGCCCAUGCACCGCGGUUACUUCAUUGAUGCCGACGAGACGAUAGUCAUUCGGUGCGACGCUGUGGCGGUGUUUGGCGGCUGCAAGGGUGUGCUGCUUGGGUCCUUCACGAUCAGGUCGAACACGCUGCCCGCUGCUGCCAACGCCCUCUCGGCGAUCACCGGCGUUGUUGCGGGUGCGGCGGCUGUUGCCGUGGUGGUGACCGGCGGGCUCGGCUCCGUCCUGGAGAUGCAGGCGCUCGGCGUGUUUGCGAGGAUGCCAUGCGCCUCGGCGCAGGAGCGUGCGAGCACCGUUGCGCUGCCGUACUUCCUGUCAGUGUUCGCUGCCCUUAACCCGCUGUGGAUGGUGGUGGGCAACGCGCUGCUGGCCGCAGUGUUCGGGUGCGUGCACUGCGGUGUGACGGCCGCCUUCCAGCGGUGGCGCGGCGUGGACGCGGCGAGUGCGUGGGCGGCGAUGCGCUUCCCGAGCCUGACGUACGUCGUGGCGCACGCGAUGCACCUUGGUAUUUUCUUCGGCUCCGUGCUCGCACUGGCGAUGCCCGGCGCCCGCGGGCAUCACCGCGUGGUUGGUGUCGUUGGCGUGCUGUACGGUGUGGCGUUUCCUGCUGGCGUGUGCUACUUGAUUGCCCGCCACGUGGGAGCGAGCUUCACGAGGUACUGGCAGUUUUCGAGGAAGCCGCUGCACGAGCGCCUGCUGUACCCCGUCGGGUAUUGGCACCCCGCGGCGCAGCAGCGGAUGUACGGCGGACUGCUGACGAACAUGAGGGGCAGCCACGUGUGCUGGUGCGUGUUCCAGCUGUCGGUGCUGUGUGUGGUGGGCCUGAUUGCGGCUGUGCACCCGCCCGUGGGAGGCUGCCACGUCCAGUACUUCUGCAUGGCGGCUGUGCUGGUUGCGGGUGCGGGCGUGGUUGCCUUCACGAACAUGAUGCGCUCGUCCUUCCUGACGGUGAUGCACACGGCGAGCUUUCUGCUGCUUACGGCGCAGUGCGUGGUGAGCGCGGCCAACCAUCUUGCGCCGAGCGACGGCAAAGCGAGGGCGUACGCGGCUAUCGUGCUGCUGCUGACGACUGUGCUGCUUGCGGUCACUGUGUACAGCGUCGUUGUGUGGUACGCGGAGGACCGCCACUGGCAGGAGCUGCGCGAGCCGCGGCGUGGUGGGCUGGAGGCGCUGCUGCGAGAUGACGAGGAGAGCGACGAGGACGCGCAGAAGCCGCACGAAAUGACGUCAUCAUCUUACGCCUCAGGCACCACCGGCGCGUCGUCGUACCGGCCACCCGCACCGCCGUUGCAGCCCAUGGCUGGUGACACCCGCUCAGACGCGCUGAGCCCGCUGGACCGUGCAUCCAGUGCGAGCCGUAUGAUCGAUUACGCUGCCAUGUGA